ACAUUUAUUGCUUCUCAUCACUUUGCUUAUUUCCUUCUAAACUACACCAACCAAACGUUGAAGAGUUCACCAAAACAAAGUUGAAGAGUUUCAAAGAAAAGCCAUCUACCCUCAAAAACCAAAAUGGGUGCUUUGUUGAAGCUUGUAGAUGCCACACUCAUCGUCUUCUUCAUCGUAAUUGCGGUGGCAGCGCCCUUGCUCGACUCGCAGAUAAUUCUGCCUCGGUGCCUCUUCCCAGACUGGCUGGUUGAACUCCAGAGCUGGUUAUACGUGCGCAUCUUAGGCCAUUAUCUUGUGACCGAGAAACAUCAUUUCUUUGUUGGCCUCGUUUGGCUGCAGCUACUCCUUCAGUGGCCUCUUGCGCUGGCCAACUUGUAUGGAAUUUUGGCCGCCAAGUCUUGGUUCAACACCACCUGCUUGAUCUAUGGAGUUUCUUUCUUCGGCUCCAUCAUUACUGAAUUAUCGGAGCUGGUUCAGUCCGGCAAGGCUUCUGAUAUGCUGAUAUAUUUUUACUUCCCUUUUCUGGGGUUAGCUGUUUUGGCCAUACUGCGGGGGCUUCUGCCACCAUCCUGCAAGACCACUUCAAGCAUCGGCAAGAGACCUACGUUGGGUAGGAAAAAGAAGGCUUGAGAUACAAAACUGAUCCAGAUUUUGUAGUCGUUGUGAGAGUGAUCAAUAUCGUUGAAACUCUUAUGAUGAAUGAUCGGAAGAUUUUGGCAAUUGAUGUCAUUUACAGCAUAUGAAACCACAGAGUUACAUGGAAAUCUUUCGUUCAUGUUAUGAACUUAGGAUUGUGAUUAUCUUAAUCACAAAUUAAGAGUCAAGUUAGUUGUAAUUGAGGGUUUUACUUGUUAUUUGUUAGAAGUGUCAGCUGGCGGUAGUCACUCUUUGUGUAUAAGAGCACUUGCUCUUUGGUUUGUAAUGAGAUCAGAAUUUGUUUUCAGGAGCUCUGCUCUCUCUCUCUCUCUUCCUUCCCCCUUCCUCUCUAGCCUCUGUGUUACUUUCAGGUUGAUUAAGGGCUUAGAGAUUUGGAUCUUAUCAGUUCAAGAUGAUUUGGUUUCGGCUUGGUCAUAGUUGCUGGUAUUCAGUUGCAGGAAUUCCUUUAUGCUCACCUUUUCAGAGAUUGUAUUUGACUACUCUGCUCAAUUUCUCCUUUCAUUUCUUGCCUAAACAAAAGAUGGAAAUUCACUAUA